AUGGAAGAAUUUUUAAAUUAAAAUGAUCUUUAAACUAGAUUUAGUGAUUAUUACACAUAUGUUGACACUUUAGGACAAGGAGCUUUCGGUUUAGUUGUAAAAGCAGUCAAUAAUAUCACAAAAACAUAAGUAGCAGUAAAAGUAGCUAAAUAAAUAAUAAAUUAGAUUAUCUCAAAAGCAACUAUAAAAAGAUUUGAGGCUCUUGAAUAAGAAGCUGCUAUAUUUUCAUAAUUAAAUCAUUAAAAUAUAGUCAAAUUUUAUGAUAUUAAACGAACAGAUACUAAAAUUCUGAUAGAAAUGGAAAUCAUAAAUGGAGGAUCAUUAUAAAAAUUAAUGGAUUUUAAGAAAAAAUAAAAUUCAUGGUUUGAAGUUAAAGAAAUAAAAUAAAUUAUUUAUGGAAUUCUGAGUGCCCUAUCUUACAUUCAUGAGAAUCACUUUGUUCAUAGAGACUUAAAACCUGAUAACAUUCUAAUAGGACAAGAAGUAUAUGUUGUUAAAAUUACUGAUUUUGGAUUGAGUUCUCAUCAUAAUCGAUAUGCUUUAAUGCAAAAGAAAUGUGGAACUUUAACAUACAUGGCUCCAGAAUUAUUAUUAAAAAAAGUUUAUAAUAAAGUAUGAAGGUUAUUAAAUUAGAAUGUAGAUGUAUGGAGUGUAGGAGUUAUUUUUUAUCAAUUGCUAAAUAAGGGUUAGCAUCCAUAUUUUAUUAAUGGAUUGAAUCAAGAAUAAUUAAUUAAAAAUAUGUAAAAUAUGCAUACAGAGGAAAACUUUCAUAACAUGGAUCGGUAUUCUUAAUUGAUUUAAUAUAGUUAAUAGAUAUCUUUGUUUCAAAGAAUGACUGAAUUUGAUUCCACUAAAAGAUACAGUGCUUAUUAAGCUCUACUUCAUCCUUGGAUAAAUGAAAAAAGAUAGAUGAUUCCAUAAAAUUUCACUGAAAUGUUUGACCUUUGGCUUUUAACAUAGAAGAUGAUCCUUGUUAUAAAGGGUUUGAUGAUUAUUAUCCAUUUAAAAAGCAAUAUCAGAAUAUCAGAGUAAAGAUAUCUUACUUUAUCUAAUAAUUAAUCAAAAUUAACCAAAACUGAUGUAAGUGAUGAUAAUUAGGACAAUUCACCAUACUAUUAAACAUCAAAUCUAUUAAACUUCUUAAAGAUAAGAUAAAAAAUUUAGAAAUCAAAGUAGAGCGACUAUUCUUCUACAAAUGCUUCUCCUGUAAUAAUUAAAAGCAUUGAAAGAUAAGACAAUAGUAAUAGCGAUUUAUUAUUCCUGCAUAGUUUGGUACCAGGGAAAAAAAUUGAAAAAGAAUCUCCUGAAAAAAACUAAAAGGUUCAAAUAAAAAGAUUGGAUAGUUCUACAAACAAAAAUACAAAAAAUAGUAGUAGCAAUAGCCCAUAUAAAUGCAACGGAAAUAAAAUAAUUAAAUUUUUACUUAAACCUUUACCUACUUAAAAUGACCUUUAGAAAGAAACCUAAACUGUAGAUUUAUACAAAAUUUAGUAAAUAAUUCAAGUUAUUUUAGGCAAAAGGAAUUUCGAUACAAACAGAGUGGAAUUCUCGAAAGCGAUUCUUAAGGAUUUAGCCCUUUCCAUACAAAAACUUUUUCUUUUCAUUAGAGUAGGACUACAAAAUAUAAAACUGAUGCUUAAUUUAGACAGAAAAGAAUUUAGAGUACUAUUGAUUAGAAAAAACAAGAAAAUAAUUUAAAUUAUUUCAAAAAAAGGUGA